AGGCAUUUUAUCAGUCGUGAAUUCCAUCUACGACCCCCUUGGCUUUUUGGCUCCCGUCAUCUUGCCUGCUAAACUCCUGCUGAAAGAUCUUUGUAAAGAACAAUACGGAUGGGACGAGAACAUUGGCGGAAAACACGCUGAAGAUUGGAAAGGAUGGAUCGAAGAUGUCAGUCAUCUCUCUACCUUCCAUAUGAGCAGGUGUUUGAAGCCUACAGAUUUUGGAUGCACUGCAGCAGCACAGUUACAUCAUUUUUCAGACGCUUCAGAGUCCGCAUACGGCACUGUCUCUUAUCUGCUGCUAGAGAAUAGUCAAGGUGAGAAGCGUUGUGCAUUCCUCAUGGGGAAGUCAAGAGUGGCACCACUCAAACUGGUCACCAUCCCCAGACUUGAGUUGACUGCAGCAGUUGUCGCUGUCAAAAUAGACAAGAUGUUACAUCAAGAGCUUCAAGUUCCUCUGCAACAAUCUAUUUUCUGGACAGACAGCACUACAGUGCUCCGAUACAUUGACAGUGAAACCGCUCGUUUCAAAACCUUCGUUGCAAACAGAAUCUCGUUGAUCCGAGAAGCAACCAAGCCAUCGCAAUGGAAGUACGUCAGAACAACGGAAAAUCCUGCAGAUCAAGCCAGCAGGGGCCUGAAAGCUAAGAGUUUGGUUCAAGGAGGAACAUGGAUCAAUGGGCCGGACUUCUUGCUGAACAAUGAAUGUGACUGGUCGGAACAGCCUGUGCGAAGGAAAGAAAGCCUUCAAAAUGAUCCAGAAGUCAAGAAGGGAGCUACAGUCAACAUGAUAAAGGUUGAAGAAAACAUGGAACCAAUUGACAAACUGAUCAACCAUUACUCGGACUGGCAUAAACUAAAAAGAUCAGUGGCCUGGAUUUUAAAGGUGAAGGAAAAUCUGUGGAAACUGAAAGAGGAAAGAAAGAAAAUAUCAAGAGCGAUCAGGCAAACUGAGAAGGACCCUGAAAAGGAAAGCUCAAAGUUAGAACAGCAAAUGAAGAAAUUCAAAACAACAGAAAAGAAAUCACUUACUUUGGACGACCUGGUUGCCGCAGAAUCAGAAAUAAUCCAAUGCAGUCAAAGACAACAGUUUGGAGAAGAUAUCAAACUACUGGAGAAAGGUAAACCGCUCAGUCGCAGCAGUCAGCUGUUCAAAUUGGAUCCAAUUCUUCAAGAUGGCAUGUUAAGGGUCGGCGGAAGACUCAACAAGUCUGCCAUGCCAGAAAAUGCUAAACAUCCAGCAAUUCUUUCAAAGCAAAGCAGAGUUGCUACACUGAUUUUGAGAGACAUACACAAAAGAACAGGACACUGUGGACGCAGUUAUGUAUUGGCAGAACUGAGAUGCAGGUAUUGGAUCCCACAAGCCAAUUCUGCAAUUCGAAAAAUAAUCAACAAAUGUACAGUGUGCCGCAGGAUUAAUGGAAAGGUUGGUGAGCAAAAAAUGGCAAACCUGCCUGAAGAUAGGCUCUUGCCAGAUAAGCCUCCCUUCACAAAUACCGGCGUUGAUUUCUUCGGGCCGUUUGAUGUCAAGCGGGGCCGGGGUACAGUCAAAAAGUACGGCGUGAUGUUCACUUGUCUCACUCUCCGAGCGGUGCACAUUGAAGUUGCAGAUAGCCUCGGCACAGACUCCUGCAUUAAUGCAAUUCGUCGCUUUAUGUGCAGGAGAGGUCAAGUCACCAUCAUGCGUUCUGACAACGGCACAAAUUUUGUUUCCGCUGAAAGAGAGUUGAGAGAAGCCGUUCAACAGCUGGACAAUGACAAGAUUGAAAAAGCCUUGCAGCCAAAGGGAAUAAAGUGGAUAUUCAACAGCCCGGCCGCUUCACACCAAGGCGGAGUUUGGGAACGACAAAUUCGGACUGUGCGAAGAAUUCUCAACUCCCUUUUGAAAGAGCAAGCAGUGACUGAUGACUGUCUUCUGACAAUAAUGUGCGAGGUUGAAAGCAUCAUCAACGGCAGGCCGCUUACAACUGUUUCAGAUGAUGUGAACGACGUAGAACCUCUAACACCCAAUCACUUAUUGCUGUUGAAAUCUCAACCCAACAUGCCUCCAGGGAUUUUCAGCAAAGAUGACAUGUACACAAGAAAGAGAUGGAAGCAAGUCCAAUAUCUUGUGGAUUUGUUUUGGACUAGAUGGACGCGUGAAUACCUUCCACUUCUUCAGGAGCGCCAGAAAUGGCUGAAGCCAAGAAGAAACUUCAUGACGGGAGAUGUUGUGCUACUAGUGGACAGUUCUUCCCCACGGAACUCCUGGCUCAUGGGAAAGAUAGUGGAAACGUUGCCGGACUCCAAUGGAACAGUGCGAAGAGUGAAGAUAAAGACCAAGACCAGCACUCUGGAAAGGCCUGUAAACAAACUGUGCUUGUUGGAAGAGGCGACAUCAGAAGAGUGA